AGUACCUUGUUUCCUACCUCCUGAGCGGGGAAUAUAUGCCUGGUCUUACUCUAAAGGUCAAUGGAACUAUAAUAAAUACAUCAACUACCUGAUCGCCGGUGUUACUUCAACUAGGUUGCGAGAUGUAGUUUCAAGAGUGGAUGUCUAACGGUGACUAUCCCUGAGCAAGGCUACAUACCCUUAUUCACCGCAUCCUAACACUAGGAGAUAUUUACUUGAUAUACCUAACUGAUGUAUAACCAAGAAGCUCAACUAUGUCGCUAUCUACCUUGUGCUUUGCCGUCUUCCUUGGGGUUGCUGUCCGCUUAGCUGCAUGCUCUGCAGACGAAUGUGCAUCACUCGGCGCCCAAAUUCCAGUUCAUAAUAGUACAAUCCUUAUGUAUAAUUACUUACUUAAUGGAACAACUAUUGAUCUUCCUGGGACUGCGGAGUCCUGUGGAGGCCCGAACCUCAAAGCUAACGCCACAGCCAAUCUCUGCCGGCUUGUGUUCACCGUCACGACUUCUCCCUCGAGCGAGAUACAGCUAGAAGCCUGGCUCCCAGAUUUGCAGACCUGGAACGGAAGAGUGUUAGCGACAGGGAAUGGCGGCAUUGGGGGAUGUAUCGACUACGCUACUAUGCAAAAUGGGGCUGGACUGGGAUUUGCAUCUUUCGGGACUAACUCUGGGCACAACGGAUCAGUAGGAUAUGAGUUUUUCCUGGACCAACCUGAGGUUAUCAACGAUUUCGGCCAUAGAGCAAUUCACGUCGAAGCAGAGGUCAGCAAGGAAUUGGCACAUCAGUACUACGGAACCGGAGCGACCAAGACGUAUUACGCAGGCUGUAGCACGGGGGGUCGUCAAGGUUUUCAAAACGCGCAUUUGUAUCCUGAAGACUUCGAUGGGAUGCUUCUUGGGAGCCCGGGUGUCGACUGGUUACACAUUGUGGCCUCUAAGGGGAUCCUAGCACGACGUAUUGGAUGGCCUCAUCUAAAUUCAUCGGCUUAUGUGCGUCCAGAGCAGUGGCCAGCCAUCGUCGAAGCACAGAUUAGAGAAUUAGAUUCUCUAGAUGGAGUAACGGACGGUAUUAUAGACGAGCCAACAAAGCACCGGUUUGAUCCUGAGAGCCUAGCAUGCGGUACCGGCCUACUUAACUCUUCACUUUGCCUUAGCCCACAGCAGGUAGAAUCUGUGCGUAGAGCGUAUGAGCCAAUCAUUAGUGCCUCGGGUCAAAUCGUUUAUCCAGCUUUCGAACUAGGCUCCAAGACUGAUGUAUUCUCCGAGAAUCAGGAGAACGGGACAGUUAGGUUGAGUUAUACGAUCCUUGAAGACUUCUGGCGUGGCGCAGUUUUCAAUGAUACCCAUUGGACACCAGAGAAUUUUAAUGAAUCGGACAUGGAUUUUGCCGUAAGCAUCAACCCAGGGCAAGUCAAUGCUGCUGAGAAAGACCUGUCGAGUUUCUAUCGCAGAGGCGGUAAGAUUAUCUCGUAUCAUGGGAGAAAUGAUGAGACUGUAACUUCUGCUCUUUCCGAACAAUUCUUCACUGGGGUUCAGGCUGCGCUGAACCUCACACUACAAGAUAUGCAUAGUUUCUACCGACUAUUCUUCCUUCCCGGAAUGCAUCAUUGCUCAGGGGGACUAGGCCCCUGGAGUAUAGGGAAUGCGCAAAAAUAUCCGUUCGACAAGACACUCCUAGAUUCCAAAUAUAAUGCACUUAUCGCGUUAGUUAACUGGGUCGAAAAUGGGACGGCGCCGGAAACAAUUGUUGGUACAAAGUACGAAAACGAUCUUAUUGGGGGUAGAAUCACGGCACAACGAACAUACUGCUCCUAUCCUAUGGUUAGCAAAUGGGACGGCAUGGGUGAUGCAAAUCUGGCAACUAGCUGGGAGUGCGUUUUAUGAAGUCGAACAGAACACGAAGCGUACUUGGAUGGGGAAAACGAGUGAUAUACUAGAUAGGUUAGGUACUUUAGGAAUUUCUACUCUGGAAUGAUUGCCUACUAUUUCCCCUUAAUUAAUGCCUACUCCAACAUAAGUUUACCAACCCCUGAAUAGACCUUUCUA